AAAAAAAUGUAUUGAAAAUAUUCAUGGUUAAGAAAGAGACUUAGUGCAUGCAUUAAAAAAUCAAUUCUGCAUUAAAUUGGAUUUUUUAAUACCACAGCUGCUUCAAAAGUACAAGGUUGAGAAAAUAUGUUGUUGUUUUUAUCAAGCCAUCUAUUGUACAGAAGAGUAAAGAUGAACUAUACAUUUUCUAUAUUCUUGGACACACUGAACAUGUUUGAAGUUUUGGGAGAUUUUUCUUAAACAUGACCCCAGGGUGGCGCUAUAAAACAGGAAUAGGAUAUUUAGAGUCUCGUCUCCCGUUUUGCGUGUCUUCAUCAUACUGCUCCUGUCUUGUAGAGGAGGAAUAUCGCAGAUUUGUGAGGUUGCUGGUGUUUUCUGCUUGUACUGAAUAAUAUUUACUUCAUUAUUCACUGAUUCUUCAUACUGACUGAAGUUACUCAACGAUGAAUUCUAUAUUCGCCAUUGUUCUGUCGUGGGGAUAUUUUUUAUUCGUUCUUUGGAUCAACGUCGCGCAUGGAGACAUGAGCUAUUCUUUCCCGGAGGAGAUGAAACGAGGAUCCGUUAUUGGAAAUAUCGCCAAGGAUCUCGGGCUGCAGACAGGAGCGCUGUCCACCAGAAGAGCCCGCAUUGACACCGAAGAAAGUGAUAAACGUUACUGUGACAUAAACCUGAAGAGCGGCGAGCUGAUUGUGGCGGAGAGGAUUGACCGAGAGGAGCUUUGUGGCGAAAAGGCUUCGUGCAUCUUAAAACAAGAGCUCGUUUUGGAAAAUCCUCUAGAGCUGCAUCGGAUCAGCCUUAAUGUUCAAGAUGUUAAUGAUAACUCUCCGCAGUUCAACGAAAAAUUGAUUAGUCUUGAAAUUAGAGAAUCGGCAGCGAGAGGAGCUCGCUUUGUGAUCGAGGAGGCUCACGAUGCGGAUGUAGGACAAAAUUCAGUUCAGCAGUAUAGCCUUGAAAAGAACGAAAAUUUCAUUUUGGCUGCUAAUGGAAACACAGUGGAGCUUGUUUUAGAUAAAGAACUUGAUCGAGAAAAACAGAAAGAAAUUAAUUUACUCCUUACAGCUUUAGAUGGCGGAUCUCCUCAGAGAUCAGGUACAGUGGUCAUACAUGUAACUGUACUGGAUGCUAAUGAUAACGCCCCAGUGUUUAGCCAGGCCGUUUAUGAAGCCAGUCUGCCUGAAAACUCUCCUAUUGGUACUGUAGUGAUAACAGUGAGCGCAACUGAUGCAGAUGAGGGAGUGAAUGGAGACGUGACCUAUGAUUUUGGACAUGUUUCUGAAGAUGUGAGAAAGAAAUUCGCAAUUAAUCGCAAAGUAGGGGAAAUACGUGUAAUAGAGACUGUAGACUAUGAAGUUACUGCAUCAUAUGAAAUACGUAUUAAAGCAAAAGACGGUCUGGGCUUGUCAUCUUAUGCUAAGGUUAUCAUUUCUAUUACUGAUGUGAAUGACAACGCCCCUGUAGUUAGUCUGAAAUCACUGACCAAUCCCAUACCAGAAGACACUCCAGCUGGUACAGAGGUGGGCAUCAUUAAUGUACAGGACAGAGACUCUGAGAAUAACCGACAGGUUCGCUGCUCCAUCCAGGAAAAUGUCCCUUUGAAGUUGGUUCCUUCUAUUAAAAACUAUUAUUCUCUGGUGACCAAAGGACAACUGGACCGUGAACUAGUAUCUGGUUACAAUAUUACAAUCACUGCCACUGAUGAAGGCUCUCCUCCUCUGUCCUCCUCUAAAACUAUUCAUUUAUCUGUAGCUGAUAUCAAUGACAACCCACCUGUGUUUGAGGAACAGUCCUACAGCGCAUAUGUGAGUGAAAAUAACAAACCUGGCUCCUCUUUAUGUACUGUUUCUGCUCAAGAUCCUGACUGGAGACAAAACGGUACAGUGAUUUAUUCUCUGUUACCUGGUGAGGUGAACGGUGCCUCGGUGUCCUCCUAUCUAUCUGUUAAUGGAGACACAGGAGUGAUCCACGCUGUGAGGUCAUUUGAUUAUGAACAGUUCAGGAGUUUUAAAGUCCAAGUGAUGGCCAGAGACAAUGGUUCUCCUCCUCUCAGCAGCAACGUGACUGUCAGUGUGUUCAUAUCUGAUGUGAAUGACAACUCUCCUCAGAUAUUGUACCCAGCACCAGAGGGCAGCUCCUUCAUGACUGAGCUGGUCCCCAAAGCUGCACAUGGAGGGUCUCUGGUGUCUAAAGUGAUAGCAGUGGACGCAGACUCUGGACAGAACGCCUGGCUUUCAUAUCAUAUAGUCAAAGCCACAGAUCCAAGUCUUUUCAGUAUUGAUCUACACAGUGGAGAAAUCAGGACACAGCGGGACAUUUCAGAAUCUGACGGCAUGAAACAGAACCUGAUUGUUGCAGUGAAAGAUAAUGGACAGCCCUCUCUGUCUGCCACCUGUUCCAUGUUUUUACUUAUUUCUGAUAACUUGGCUGAGGUGCCAGAACUGAAAGACAUUUCUUAUGAUGAGAAGAACUCCAAGAUGACCUCUUAUCUGAUCAUUGCGCUGGUUUCUGUGUCCACCUUCUUUCUGACCUUCAUCAUCAUCAUCCUGGGUGUGAAGUUUUGUCGUAGGAGAAAGCCCAGACUGUUGUUUGAUGGAGCAGUAGCCAUCCCAGGAGCUUAUCUUCCUCCAAAUUACGCAGAUGUUGAUGGAACAGGAACUUUACGCAGCACCUAUAAUUAUGAUGCCUACCUGACAACAGGAUCCAGAACCAGUGACUUUAAGUUUGUAUCAUCUUACAAUGACAACACACUGCCUGCUGACCAGACUCUGAAGAAAAGUUUGAGUGAUUUUACUGAGCCUUUUGGAGAACUGGAAGGAUACUCAGAGCAAAAGCCCCCCAACAAUGACUGGCGCUUCACGCAAGGACAGAGGCCUGGACCUAGUGGUCCCCACAUGCCGUACGGUACACACAUACGAUGGACGCCGAAGAAUGGGACAAGGGCAACUGGAGGACCUGAGGUAGCCAUGGGAACUGGCCCUUGGCCCCAGCCCCCCACCGAAGCCGAGCAGCUUCAGGCACUGAUGGCAGCAGCCAACGAAGUAAGUGAGGCGACGGCCACCCUCGGGCCCGGCACCAUGGGCUUGAGCACCCGCUACAGCCCCCAGUUCACCCUGCAGCACGUCCCCGACUACCGCCAGAACGUCUACAUCCCCGGGAGCACGGCCACCCUCACCUCCAACCCUCAGCAGCAGCAGGCUACGGCCCAGCAGGCCACGCAGCAGGCGCUGCCUCCGCCUCAGGCCUCGGCACAGGCUGAGCCUCCAAAGGCCGCCCAGACCCCCGCCUCCAAGAAGAAGUCCACCAAGAAGGAGAAGAAGUAGAUGCUGGUGGAGAGGAGGUGGAGGCAUGAUGAAGUGAUGAGAAACCCAACCCCCCAUGCCCCACCAUUAGGUAUCUGCUGUCACAUGGACGCUGUUGGUGGUUCUUUGAAGAUUUUCUCCAAGAAUCCAAAUGUGCUGGAGGUUUUAGUGUUACUAACCCAUGUUGUGCUUAAAGGUCUAGUAUUGUUCAUGUAAUCUUUGUGGGUAGAUAUUUUUUGGCUGGGUAUGGGGGGUUGCUGUUGGUUCCCCCCCCCCCCAUUAUUUUCUUUAAAUGAAAAAAAAAAAAUUAAUAGACAAAGAGAUUCAGUGUAGAAAACCUUGCUGGAAUGACAAGGCUACACACAGCGAUGUAUUCAGAGAUGAAAAGUUAAUGUCUUUCAUGUUGGAUUUAUUGUGCACUUUCCGAAAGUGGAAAGCCGGCUAUUGUAAAGUUUGCUAGUUGCCAUUCAUUAUAUUCCUCUGUAGGGUCAGCCGUAAAGCAUAAGGCUGCUGUUUGACAGGUAUUACAGACUCUUCUGCAUGCUCAUUAAGGUUCAAACCACAUAUGCUAGUUUAGAGUUGCAAACUAUGCAUUGCAAAAGCAAAGAGAGGAACAUUCUGAAUCCUUGUUCCUCCCUCCAAUCGCAGGUCAACGUAAUGCACAUGUAGUGUUUACUUGACAGAAAACGAGAAUAACUUUUGUAAUCAUAGUUUUAAAGGAAAAGAAAAAGAUAUAAGAAUUUAAUCUUCUGAUAUUUUCUAUGAUCUGAGCAUGCACCCGCAGUUGAAGGGAGGGGUUGGCAGAGGACUGUGGUGAAGGCAUGGCACGUACUCUGAUUUAUCCUGGUUCCUAUAUAAAACCUCAGGACGAGUACAGACAUGUCCUGCUGCCCUCUCCCCCCCCUUGCGCCCAGCUAGUGUCCUUCCCUCACCCCCAAUUUGAGCCAAACUAUGAGAAAUGCACUGUUCGUAUGCUGAAGAAGAAACCGAGUUGGGGUUGUAAUCACUUCAAUCUUUAGGGAAACAUGUAGAUGUGGUAAACUUAAGUGCUUAGGAGUUUCUAGACACUUUGUAAGCCUCUAGGGCACUUUCUUGAGGUGCUGAAAAGAAAUUUCUUGAUGUGUUUUCUUUCCUUUUUUUUCCUUUUGGGAGAUAUUGAUUCAAUAGCAUAAAAGGGGUUUGUUUUAAGAUACUUUGCCAUAUAUCUGUCUGUCAGGAUAAAACUGCAUGAAAAAGAGGGCAGCUCGCAGGCUGGGUCAAAGGGGAGCAAAAGGGGAUCGGUGAGAGCUAAACCGAUCGAGGUGGGGUACAACCUACAACCUUUGGCUCUGCCCACUGAAUGUACAGAGGAACCAAUGCUGGCCUGCCCGCCCUUUUUAAUUUUCUCCAAUGCACUGACCCUGAUAGAGGUCAACAGAGCCAAGCACAGUCAAACCUGUUGGUGAGGAGACGCCCCUCUGGGGCAUCUUCUCCACUUUUGAAAUCAGUGGCAAACACGACCCUCUCCGCCUCUCACCUGUCUGCGUCCGCUCCCCCCUCGUUCUGCGAGGCUCCCACCCCGCUGUAAAUAAACACGAGUCCGGUUGAUGGUAUGAGCCAAGUAUUUGUACAGCAGGGACCUUCUCCAACUGUCCCCUCUCAACAAGGCGCGGCUUACUACUGGAAUGUGUUUGCAUUUUGUUUUUCAAGAAAAAUAAAAACCACAGCUUAAAAAAAAAAAAAAACAACAAAAAAAACCCCACAAAAAAUUUAUCAACAAUAAUCAAAACGUUUGACAUGUUCUUCAACAGUUUGUGUUGCAAUGUAGUAACUGAGCACCAUUGAAGCCAACUAACUCUUCAGUGUAAAUAAAUGACUUAAAGAUAACUUUAGAUGAGUAAAAAACAAAGUGACACACGUAGACUAGGUAACUUGUGGUAUGUGUUGCGCAUAUUUUUGUGUUUAUUUUUCUCUUUACUACCCUUUAUCACCCUGUAAAGAAAUGAGACAAAAAAAAUAUGGAAGUCUUUCUAUCCUUCUGUAACCUCUUAAUGUUACUUUGCGGUGAUUUUUCUCUUGUGCAUUUGUGAAAUAAUGCCUCUCAUUCUCUUUCUGUCCAUAUGAACAAAUGAUUAUAAAUAUUAUAUAUGUGUAAGUCCGUCCGCUGCUGAAUUAAUACUACUCUAUCCUGCUGUAUUAUCUUUCUUAUAAAAUGCUUUGCCCUCUCCCCACGCUACAACCCUGUGUUACUCUCUUAUUUUUAUGCUAAUAUUUAUAUUUCUGUUUUAUUUUCUCUUGGACACUGACAUUUCAAAUAAAAGAAAUCAUAUGAAAAACCU